UGGAUUUGAUCGGUUUUUAAUUGGAUUUUGAGAUUGACAUCCAAUAACCAAUCCAAUCUAAUUAAAAUCCAACUUUUAGCAUCCAAUGGUUCAAUGAUGUUGCCCACCCCUACACAUAUUACCGAGGGGUUUAUUGAAAAAUACCUCUUUUAUUGAUCAAUUAACCAAAUUUACCUCUAAUUUUAUAUUUAAUUGAAACAUACCUCUUUUUAUAUGUACUGGACCCAAAAUAUCCUAACAUAAGGGAGUCACAGGAGAGUAUAUUGAGGUGACAGGGGUAAAAUUGGUAAAGUGUUUAAAAAAAGAGGUAAAAAUAAUAGACUUUAAAAAAGAGAAUAAAAAUAAAAGAAGACAAUAUAAAAAGUAUAGAGUGUAAUUUUCUCAUUUCCAUCCAUACUCCAAUGGCCAAUCCAAAUGGACUUUAUAUUAUGAAAUCAAUUUACAAAAAUGCUAUUUUCAUAUAACUAUAUUGAAAAAUACCAUAUUACUUUUAAAAAGAAAAAAAGUUCUCCAAUCUCAGACCGACGACCCUGAGUACUCCUCUUAUUACCGUUACGGUUGAACUUGGCAAGAGAGAGAGAGAGAGAGAGAGAGAGAGAGAGUUGCAGAGAUCAAAUCCCAAAUCCCAAAUCCCAGAAAAUAUCACAUUCUCAUGCACUCACUGAAACUAAGCACAACCCUAAUCAUGAACAACAAGAAGAUACCCAUUCCAUCUCCAUCUCCAUCUCCUCCCUUAGCUCCUCCAACCCCCCAACUCAUUUCCAAAACCCUCCUUAAACCAACCUCAACCCCAAAAUGGCUUCCUCUCAAUCUCUCAAAAUCCGAGCUUUCCUUGCCUCUAACCUUCCCCACAGGUCAAACCUUCAGGUGGAAACAAACCGGUCCUCUUCAGUACACCGGACCCGUUGGCUCUCAUCUAAUUUCCCUCAAACACUUACCAAACGGCGACGUUUCAUACUGCCUUCACUCUUCUUCUUCUUCUUCCUCCAAAGCCGAGGCUUUAAUGGCUUUGAGGGAUUUUCUCAAUAUGGGUAUUUGUCUUAGUGACGUUUGGGAAGUGUUUUCGGCUUCUGACUCGAGAUUUGCCGAGUUGGCCGGACAUUUGGGUGGUGCACGUGUGCUCAGGCAAGACCCACUUGAGUGUUUGAUGCAGUUUCUUUGUUCUUCUAACAAUAACAUUCAGAGAAUAACGAAGAUGGUCAAUUUUAUUUCUUCAUUGGGGAAUCAUUUAGGGACUGUUGAAGGUUUUGAGUUUCAUGAGUUUCCUUCUCUGGAACGAUUGUCAAGUGUUGCUGAGCAAGAGCUUAGAGAAGCUGGUUUUGGUUACAGGGCUAAAUAUAUUACUGGUACGGUAAAGUUGUUGCAAUCAAAACAUGGUGGAGGCCUAGAGUGGCUUUUGUCUCUUCGAAAGCUCGAUCUCGAUGAGGCCAUUGAUGCCCUUUUGACUUUGCCCGGAGUUGGUCCUAAAGUAGCAGCCUGCAUAGCUCUCUUCUCUCUUGACCAACACCAUGCCAUUCCAGUAGACACACACGUUUGGCAGAUUGCAACAAGGCACCUGCUGCCAGAGUUGGCCGGUGCUCGCUUGACACCUAAGCUGUGCAGCCGCGUGGCUGAGGCAUUUGUCAACAAAUAUGGAAAGUAUGCUGGAUGGGCUCAGACUGUACUUUUUAUUGCUGAAUUGCCGUCGCAAAAGGCAAUUCUACCGUCUCAUUUUUCGAAUGCAAAACCGAAUAAAUCUGUCAAGAGAAAGAUUACAGAAACUAACAUCGCUGAAGAUGGUACCGAAGAGCGAUAACUCAAAUAGUCAAAUUAUGGUUCGCUCCCACAAGGUUUGAUAUUCGAGUCCCUCCGGGCAUUUGUAUAGCAGUUGUUGUGGUAUUUCGGUCCCCAAAUAUUGUAGGGUUAGGGAAGGCCUAGUUUCGGGUAAAAACAUUUGAGUGAUGAUUGCUAAUUCUUUGUAACCAUGAAAUUUGUCAGAUUGUUUUGGUCCUGGAAAUCAAACAUCAAUGUAAAUGUAAGUUUUCUUCUUAAGCAAGAAUUACAAAACUAUAAAGAUUGUGUUUGGUUUCCCA